UCAUGGCAACUGUGACAUCAAGAUCAAGAUUUUUGGUGUCUCGUCAUGUAACCUUGGCCGCGGUGCAUGAAAAAACGCCUUCCCUUGCAGCCACCACAGUGUCACGCCCAGGACGGUGAGGCAGAGGGCUCCUGAGGGCGGCGAGCACCUGAACACCCGCAGACAGCACCUGAGAAUCCCGUGCGAGGGUGAGGCAGCGGCGGGGUGAUGGUGGGGGACGGGUACUCGUGGCUCUGGAACAACCCUGUGACCCGGGAGGUGGCCAGGUGCCCCAAGAAGCUCGGGGACCUGGUGUGGGGCGGCAACCACCACAGGAGUGGCAGUCACAGUCACCAGGUGGUCAAGGAAGUGACUGAGAAGGUGAACAUGCUGAACAUCCCUUCCUACGCGCGCUGGUUCGUCCGUCUCGCAGGCAUCUCAGGCGCCUCGGCUGUUGCUCUUGGAGCUUAUGGUGCUCAUGUUUUUUAUCGCCGAGACUACCCAGAGGAGCUGAAGCAGGUGUACGAGACAGCCAAUAGGUACCACUUCCUGCACACCUUGGCUCUGCUUGGUGUACCCUUGUGCAGGAGACCCAAGCUUGCUGGGUCACUGAUAGUCACUGGUACAGUUAUUUUUUGUGGCACAUGUUACUUCUAUGCACUGACUGGAUCCAAGAAUGUCAGGCAGUACACACCCUAUGGAGGAAUGCUGUUGAUCGCGGGCUGGCUGUCCAUGGUCCUGUAACUCUGUGACAUGCAUGGACAAGAAGCUGGAGCCACUUCACUUCACUCAUAAGUAUCAGAUCAUGGUGUAAAUGUAUAUCAGAUGGCAUAAAUAUUUAUCAGAUGAGAAUAAUGAGUACCUAUGAAGUUGUAUGGUCCAAUACACACAAGAAAUGCAGAGAAAAAAAAAAUUAAGUACUGGAUGGUGCUUGGUCAUUUGGAUUCAGCCAAUAAAGUAUAAUCAGUGUACAUUUCUAGCAGUGUAGUUUCAUUCCUUACUAGCUCUUGAAGGAAAGGAAAUAAAACGUGUCAAUGUUUUGGACCAACUCAUCUCCUUUGGUCAUGUAGUGAGAAUUUACGUAUAAAAAUUAACCAAAUAUUGUAAUGAUAUCGUGCAGUUCUCAUGGAUUAUAUGUAGUGAAUUAAACUUUAUAAGGCAGGAAAUACUUGUGGCUGUGGCAAUAAAGAAAUUACAUGUAAAGUCAACUUGAAGGCUCAGCAUUGUUUCCCAUUGAGCAAUUUUCAUUUUUUGCCAAUUUUAUUUUUCAGUAGUUAUUUUUAUACUUUGUUGGUCUUCCUAAUUUCCUUUUCUUUAAAAAAAAUAAUAUAUGUGGUUACUAUAUAUCAGUACCUCUGCAGGAUUCUUAUUAUUUUAGGUUAACAGUAGUAUAAUUUUUCUCUAGUUUCUCCUGAAUGAGGAUUCACUAAUUGAUGCCUUCCAAUUUCAAUAACUUUUCUCAUACCCUGUCUACUGUAAGUUUGCCUUUGAAUGAAAAACAAAACAAAACAUUUCCUGUAAAUUUAUGAACAGUUAGAGAUGGCAGGACUAAAGAUCAGGUUGUAAUAAAUUUGCAUUUUUUAUA